AUGCGGGCAUGCCCGGGCACCGGAGCCGUGCAGAGUUGUGAGGUUCAAACCAAGAUGACUGAUUAUAUAACCUCCUCAAACUACGAUACAUCGGAUUCGGAAAUGAUUAAGACGACCCAGGCAAAUCCAAAGGACUUGAGAAGCCGACCUGGCAAAAGCCAGGUGACGGUUAGGAGAGAGGGACUCAGGAGCGCAAAGCUCCUAGAGAAGAGGAAGGCGGAAGAGACCGACAACAGCGAUAGGUCCCGAUCGCCCAUCAAGGUCGACGACUCAACGCCAUUCGCCACCUCAAAGGAAGAGGAUUCCGAUGACGGUGAUGAAGUCACCAUGAAAAAGGAAGGGAAGUGGGAAAUCCCCAGAGACGAGGAAGGAAACACAGACGAGGAACGUCUGGUAGAGAAAGCAACUAGAGGUAGGGGCAGGCCCGAAACAACUGGGGGAUACCGACUCAAGAAGGAGUUUAUGGCAAGGAAACUUGCCAUAAUGGAACAGAAAAGAGAGGAAACUCUUCUGAAAGGGUUAGAAAAUCCCAUGGAGGAGUUCCUAGAUUGUACCGCCAACAGGAAAUAUAAGGCGGAAAUUAGAAGGCUGACGGAACACCUGGAGGAGGCUCCCUUCCGCGACAUAACAGCGACGAUUCUUGAAGCGUCCGCUAAAGUCCUCGGUUUUUCGCAGAAAUCGAAAAGCCUAAAAGGAACCCAUGUAAAGGUCCUCAGAGACGCAGCUGCAGCUAUAACAGCAGGAGCAAACGUCCUGUCCAUGCAAAUGGCGCAGGACAAAUGCGGAGGCAAUCUCGACCUAAUAGAAGAACUGCGGACGGAAAAUGUAGGUCUCAAGACGUCGCUGAAGGAGGUAAGAAAGGAAUUAGAGGAGGUAAAAGAAAUGCUUCGAGGUAUAAGGGAGGCACCGCUGCAAGUAGCGGUAUCCUCCCCGCCCUCGAAGCAGCCAGGAAACGCGGACCAAGGUUUAAAGAAAGCACCACAACAACACGUGGCGGGUGCUCCCUCGCCCCUGGUCCACGUAGAGAGGGAAAGGGCGAUCACCCCACCUAUGGUGGACAUGAUGGAGGAGGAAGAGAUACCAGUUGGGGUGAUAGAAGUCCAAAAGGGUUUGAUCCCGAGGGAAAAGAGACGCUCGAUAAAGGAAGCCAGGGUCGCAAAGGCAGUAGAGGUAGGCCCCAAGAUUAGGGAGGAUAUCCUACUCAAUAAAAAAGUAAGGAUAGAAAGGAAGAAGGAAAAGCCAACGAAGAAAGGGCUAGAAGAGGAAGUGUCCAAAAUAGUGUUUAAAGCCCUAAAUAAGUGGACACAGCAGGAGAAGGAAACUCCCAAACGAGGGGCCGGGAAGGGCAAUAGAGAAAGCAAAGGGAAAGGAAUGGAGAGAGAGUCGGUACAACAUGGAGGAAAUAAAUACAUGCAGGAAUAUCCUCAGCUGCCACCCACAAAAGAACAAAGGAGAGAGUAUCAGGAGCAAAUUAAAAAGGAAGGGGCACCCACAACACAGGGAGAAGAAUGGUCGAAGACCAGAGUAGGGGCUACCGGAGCUCUGAUACUCGAGAUACCGGGAGAGGAAAGGGGAAAACAGGCGGACCUACUGGCGGAAAAAUUAAAAGAGGUUCUGACCGACAGAGCCAAAGUCAGUAGGCCGCAAAAGAUGGGAGAGCUGCGAAUCAAAGGAAUGGAGAUUUCAACCACGGAAAGUGAAGCAGCGGAGGUAGUGGCAAGAGUGGGGGGAUGUAGAAUAGGAGAGAUCAAGACCGGGAAAAUAAGGGAGGCGUGGAAUGAGUACAGAACACUGUGGAUACAAUGCCCCCUCGCGGCGGCGAAGAAAGUCGCCGAACUAGGAAACAUCAAAAUAGGUUGGACGCAGGCCAAAGUAGAACUUCUACAGGCAAGGGCCCUCCAGUGCUUUAAAUGCUUGGAAAGAGGGCACGUGCAGAUUAAUUGCAAAAGUAAAAGCGAUAGAAGAGCCAACUGUUACAGAUGCGGAGAACCCGGACACCUGGCUCGGGACUGUAGCUCAAGAGCCAGGUGUCAAAUCUGCGAGGAGGCCGGUGUCAAAUCGGGACAUAGGAUGGGGGGACCAUCCUGCCGUCCCCCCAAGGGAAAAAAGAAAAUCUCUGGGGAUGAGAUCCCCACUGGAGAUGAGAGGAUGGAGGUGGUGGAGAAAAGGGGGGAGAAGAGAGUGAGGCCAGUAGAGAGCGAGGAUACCGACGGCGAACAGCCGGGGGAAAAAGUGGUGGUCAUCACUGAACCGGAUAAUGGACAGCCUAGGCAUAGCGGCAGAGCCUCACCAUGUCCCCAGGAACAAAGAUGGUUCGGGGACGAGGUGGGCUCUGUCGCUAUAGUGUGGAAGGCGAGUAAUAACUCACCCCCUGCGAAAUACGUGGAUCGCGGGAGGGGGUUUGUUGUGGUCAGGUGGGGAGUCGUCGCCGUGGUCGGGGUAUACCUCCCCCCAGAGAAGAGCCUGGGCUUGGCUGACUACAAGUCCAGGCUCCAAGAAAUGGGAGAUGUCAUCAAGAGACAUCUCCCGGGUCCUGUCAUCGUCGCCGGCGAUUUCAACGCCAAAUCGGAGCUAUGGGGCUCCCGGCGCGAUGACAGGAGGGGGGAGGUAACGGCGGAUUGGGCCGUGGGCCUAGGUCUGCACAUCUUGAACGAUGGUAGAAAAUCUACCUUCGUGGGGUCGAGGGGGGAGUCUAUUAUCGACCUGUCUUGGGCGACCCCCUCGGCCCUGCGAAGGGUGCGGACCUGGAGGGUGGCGGAGGAGCUGGAAUCAUUGUCGGACCAUCUCUUAAUAGAGAUGGAGCUCUCCGUCACCCCCGAUGGCCUACGGCCCCGCAAUACGGACGGACCCCGGCCCGGUAGAUGGGCUCUAGCCCAGUUAAACAGGGAGGACUUGGAAAUCUCCCUGAUGGGCUCCACCUGGCCACAGUGGAAGGACGGGCAGGACCUUGACUCUGAGGUCAUGGAGGUUAUGCAGGUUCUCGCACUCGCGUGCGAUGCCUCCAUGCCCAGAGUCAAGGCCUGCCCAAAACGAUGCGCCUGGUGGUGGACCGACCAAAUUGCCGCGUUGCGGCGGAGGUCGGUCCAUCUCAGGCGCAUGUUCCGAGCAGUGCGUUGGGACGCGGACCCUGAGGUCCCUCUGGCCGCCCGGCGGGAGUUCUGCGCAGCCGCGAAAGAACUCCGGCCGCCAUAG